GACUCAAUUUACAUUUGUAUAAUAAAGAAUUGAGUUACAAACAGCCAUCUUGCAAAUGAGCCCUUGGAGUUAGGCCUACUUGUAAUAGGGUUUUGCAGUCUUGCUCCUUGGCCUUACGGGCAUGGGCAGUUUAUAAUCUAGACAGAUUUAGUUCUCAAAAAAUGAAAGAAUAAUCAUAGUAACAAUGAAAAACCAAGGUCGACCAAACUGCAAUAUGUGGCAGCAAUCUAAAGCGCAGGACCUUGAGUUUCCCCACAGUUUUGUCAAACAUCCAGGUGUUUCUCAGAAAGCUAAAUGACACUGUCAGUAAAUGGUAAAACAAUACCUAUCGCCUACACGGGUGUUCAGUGUGGGGUUGGGACCCAUUGUUGCGUCGUGUUCUGUGCGCCGGCGCGGUCCCGUGCAUGCGCCGCCUUCCGCGAGGUGGGCUUUCUGCAGGGCCCUGCGCCUGGGCUCCGCGGGGCGGGCUGUCGGGAGGCGGGGGAGCUUGGGCGGGGCCUCCUGCGACGCCAGCCCUGCGCAUGGGCGGACGUCUUCUCAGCUCUGCCUGACGCCGCCGGCCGUUGUCGGUGAGAAACAUCGCGAAGGCCCCGAGCAGAGCGCUACCUGAGCUCCACUGUCACCGACAUGUCUGAUGAAAAAGAUUCCCUGCGGGGAGACGAAGAGAAAGGAGAGGAGCCAGUGGUGCGUGCCAUCCCCAGCAGUGCCAUCCCCGGCAGUGCGUUCUCUCUGAAGCAGGCCGAGGAGGUGGACCCCCUGAAGCUGGAAGUGGCGAUGGGGGCUGACGGCUUCUCUGACAGCUGCUCCGAGGACUGCUCUGACGACCUCAGCUGUGCGGCAGCCCACAUAGAUCCAAAUCUCCUAUUGCUUGUGGCUGACGAGGAGAAAUGCCGGAAUAUCCGCAGGCAGUACCGGCAGCUCAUCUAUAACGUCCAGCAGAACCGGGAAGACAUCGUGAACACGGCGAGCGACUCAUUAACUGAGGCUCUGGAGGAAGCCAAUGUCCUGUUUGAUGGAGUGAGCCGAACAAGGGAAGCAGCUCUCGAUGCCCAGUUUCUUGUUUUGGCUUCUGAUUUGGGUAAAGAAAAAGCAAAGCAGCUGAACUCUGAUAUGAGCUUUUUUAAUCAAGUAGCAUUUUGUGAUUUUCUGUUUAUUUUUGUGGGUCUGAACUGGAUGGAAGAUGAUGAACAUGAUGCGUUGAAUGGUUGUGAUGAUAACAUAGUUCUUUCCUUCUGGGAGACAGUACAUAAGGAAGCAACAUCCUGGAUAUCGCAAGCUGAAACAUUCCACUUUCUUUUUGGUUCAUUCAAGUCAGAGUCUUCUGCACCGAAGCGGCGACCUGGACACUAUAAAAAAGCUCCCAGGGUGGAGGAAAACGUGGAUAUGCCUACAAAGCUGAGGAGGCUGGACCUGAGUAGCAAUCAAGAAGGGACAGAAAAAGAAGUAGAAAGAAUCUUAGGGUUGUUGCAAACGUAUUUUCGAAAGUAUCCUGACACUCCCGUAUCCUAUUUUGAGUUUGUGAUUGAUCCAAAUUCUUUUUCUCGUACUGUGGAGAAUAUAUUCUAUGUUUCUUUCAUUAUAAGGGAUGGUUUUGCAAGAAUAAGGCUUGAUCAAGACAGGUUGCCAAUAUUAGAGCCCAUUAAUGUUAACCAAGUGGGUGAGGAAAAUGAUCCCAGUUCCCAUGGCAGGAAACAAGGAGUUAUAUCUUUGAGUUUACAGGACUGGAAAAAUAUUGUGGCGACUUUUGAAAUUUCAGAGGCUAUGAUUAAAAGCUCUUACUAAACAUUUUUGUUCUUAGUAUAGGGUGCAUUUCGUGGCUUUUCUAAAGUAUCAUCUCAAAAUAGAGUGUAAAACCUAAAUAGAAGCCCAUAUUGUAUCUCUUGUAAAGUGAGAAAAUAUUUUCAAGAACAUCAGAAAUUGUCUUACUGUGCAGUGUAUUUUUCCUGGUAGUUUAUAAAGUUGUCAUGAUCUGUUAUUUAAAAACAAUCACUGGCAUGUUCAUGGAAAUUUUUUUGAAUGUCCUUUAAGACUUUAUUAAUAAAAUUCAGUUCCAAAUUUCAUAAAUUAAAAGGUAUGUUAUAAUUUGCAAAAAAAA